AUGUACCUCAUCUUCGGAUUACAAUCGCUAAGUUAUACAGUGAUGAAAGUCUCUAUCCACGGUUUGAAUCUAACUUCUGCAGCGCCGAUCUCAUCGGAAUUCGACGACACCGUCAGAGCCAAAAACCCUAACCGCAAGGUCGGAAUAUACUAUUUGAAGGAAAGCUCCGAAAAUGUUUACUACGGCGGAGUAAUGCUCGGCUACAGCGUUUUGCCUGAUUUCUACCAGCUGAGGAAGAAUGUGACGGUGGUGAGGGCGACGGUGGUGGGUUCCGCCGUCGUUCUCGGCGGUGCCGUUAAAAUGAAUUUGAUGAAAUAA